AUGGAUUCAUCCAAUACCAGUGUGACUUGCCCAGACAUGUUGGAAGAGUCUCCUCACAAUGACGUUCAAAAAGAGGCUUUAAUUUCCAAAGAAAUAAUUGAUCGAAGGCAAUCCACUGAAGGGUCAUCAGAGAAUCAACCUCUGCCUCGAACUGUGGAUGAGCAAGAGGAGCGUGAGUAUGGCUGCAGGUACUGUAACAAGAAGUUCUCGAACAAGCAAGCUUUAGGCGGGCACCAGAAUGCGCACAAACUUGAACGCACCAUUGAAAAAAAUAUCCAGGGCACCAUGCAUCAUGGAAUGUUGCGUUACGGACGUGCACCCUGUUCCCUCCUAGGGAUUAACGAAGGAUACACUGGAUGGCCGAAGCCUUCGCCUGGAAAUGUUACCCAGUUUAUGGCACGUCCUAGCUCUUCGGGCAUGGAAAAUCGCCCUCCAGGCAUUCGUUUUUCAACUCCAAUGCCUGUUCCCAGUGGGAACUUUCUAGGAGAGAGUAGCAAUGUACAGAUGAAUAAUCGAGAGACUCAGGGUGUUGAAGACGACUCAGGCCUCGAUUUAACUCUCAGGCUUUAA